UUACAGCGUAUGCUAUAAUCUAAGUUGACAAAUCUUAUCGGUAUUUACAGGGUUUUUUUUUUUCUAUAAAUAUUUGUGUGAUCUCGCGUUAGCUUACAUGUGCAAAACACGUGUUUAAAUUUCAAAUAUUUAAUAGGUCGGAUUAAAAACUAUCUAAAAGCGAAACUAGGAAGUAUAUAUGAAAAUGUGCAACAAUUGUUGAACUAUAUAAUGAUUAGAUAUUCUUCAAAUACUGGCUCAUGUUCGUGCCAGCGUAUUAAUUCGAGUGUAGAGGAUUAUCUUCGAUGUGCCCCGUGCCCUCCUCCGAUGAUGUCCUUGGAGGAUUUCCUUGACCACGCGAAACAAAAGUUAUUAAUAAGGAAGGACGCGUGUAUAAUAAGCAACAGAUGCUUCAACAACAAGACUGCACUUGCUAUCCAUUGUCAACCAUCUGUGUUUGACUGCCCUGAAGUUACUACAAUACCCGUUGACACGCAUGAAAAUUUGUCUUCUUCCCUGGGUGCAAUUGGUAUAUUUGUACUAGUACUAGUACAUGCACUAAUAACAAUCGCCGCCACAUUGUGGACAUAUUUUUUAUGGGUGAGACGAAAAAAUAAGGAGGGUAAAUCGAGAGAUAUAUUACCAAUAUUCAGACACUGUAUGAAAAAACAACGGUCAAAAACAUCGCAGGAGGGCAUUGAAAUACCACUUAGAGAGAAAACAGUUUACCAGGGAUCAGAACGUCCAUCAAGUGAAUCCUCGUCGGAAGAAAGAAAACAACUUUUAAAACCUAAAGAAGAAAGUAAACAACCUUUGACACAUACUGCAGAAAGUGUAAAGCUAUUAUCAAAACAUACGGUAGAAAAGGGGCAAGUCUUAAAACCUACCAAAGAGAUAGGAAAAAGUGAAGGAAGUGGAAAUUUUUCAGCUUUUACAAAAGGAAGCUUGCCUUUGCGCAAAGGAGAAGGACUAUUUCCAAAAGUUACAGGAUGGCUACGUAAACAGAUUACAGAAGAAAGAAGAGAGAUUUCCAAACCUGCAAUAAGCGAUUUAGAUAGUGAAACAUCUUUUGAAGACAUUCGUGGGGAUAAAUAUGAAAAAAAAGAUAAUCAAGAUGAAGAUUCGAAAACAAGUGAAAAAAGUGUAGCGGACAUUCUAGGGGAUAAACAUGAAGAAAAAGAUAAUCAAAAUGAAGAUACGCCAUCAAGUAAAACGUGUAUAGUGGAUAUUCAUGGGCACAAAUAUGAAGAAAAAGAUAAUCAGAAUAAAGAUACGCCAUCAAGUAAAACGUGUAUAGUGGAUAUUCAUGGGGAUAAAUAUGAAGAAAAAGAUAAUCAAAACGAAGAUACGCCAACGAGUGAAACGUGUGUAGUGGACAUUCGUGGGGAUACGUAUGAAGAAAAAGAUAAUCAAAAUGAAGAUUCGCCAACAAGUGAAAAAAGUGUAGUGGUUAUUCCUGGGGAUAAACAUGUAGAAGAUGAGCUAGCUGAUGAUUUACCAACAAGUGAAGGAAGUUUAAUGGACAUUCCUGGGGAUAAAUAUGAAGAAGAAGAUAAUCAAUCUGAAGAUUCGCCAACAAGUGAAAAAAGUGUAGUGGAUAUUCCUGGGGAUAAACAUGUAAAUGAUUAUCAGUAUGAAGAUCCGCCAACACGUGAAAAAAGUGUAGUGGACAGUCCUGGUGAUAAACAUGUAGAAGAUAAUCAUAGUGAAGAUUCGCCAACAAGUGACAAAAGUGAAGUUGACAUUCCUGGGGAUAAAUAUGAAAAAGAAGAUAAUCAAGAAGAAGAUUCGCUAACAAGUGAAAAAAGUGUAGUAGACAUCCCUGGGGAUAAUCAUGUAAAAGAUAAUCAAGGUGAAGAUUCGCAAACAAGUGAAAACAAUGAAGUGGACAUUCAUGUGGAUAAACAUGUAGAAAAUAAUCAGGAUGAAGAUUUGGCAACAAGUGCUUUGAAACUUGAUGAAGACGAAGACGACGAGAAUUUUUUUUCUUGUAGCGAUGAUGAUGAUGAUAAUAAUAAAAAUGAUGAUAAUGAUGAUAAUAAUAAGGUGUAUUUUUAGAUUAAUUUUUCAUAAUGAUCACAGGAACUUGACAUUUAAUCAAUAGAUCACAAAAUAUACGUAUAUUAGUGAUAUAGCCCUUAUCUUUUGUAUAUUUAUAUUUUGUGAUGUCAAGUUCCUGUGUUAGGAUCCAUAAAAUAAGUACGUUUUCAUAUGUUCAGAUAUUUGUAUAGGAAUGUUAUUAA